UGCGACGAAACCGACGAAUCGUGACGGACGUAUACAUUUAUUGUAGGGUGUUAUAAACAAACAUGUUAAUUUAUUGUUGUCUAAUGAGGUGUUGUUUUGUUUAGUAACAAUGAUUUUUAACUAUUAGAUUCGACAUAAUAUUUACCUCUGCUGUAUUUAUCGUGAAGCCUGAUUCAAGCAAAUUAUGUUUCAACGUUCAAAGCUGCACUGUUUAUCCGAAAUCACAGACUUUUUAUUCAUCACCAGCUUCACUGGAGCGGACAGUCCGACAGCUUUGCGCGCUAAAGGAAUCACAUGCGUUAUAAAUGUAACCCCGCAACACCACAAACAAAACAUGUCCGGGUUUGAGAUUAUGUCCGUGCCGGUCAAUGAUGUUCCGGAAGCAAAUCUACAGAAAUAUUUUGAGGUCGUGGCAGAUAAGAUUCGGAAUGUGAAACAUCAAGGGGGAAAGACUGUUGUGCACUGCCAGGCUGGAAGGAGUCGCUCUGUGACACUCGCAUUAGCUUACCUAAUGCGCUAUGAGAACAUGAACUUAUACGAUGCUUAUAGAUUGGUCAAACUUCGGAGGGAGUUUGUUCGUCCAAACAUGGGAUUCUGGAUUCAGCUGUGCAACUAUGAGAAAAAAUUAAAUGGAAAGAAUUCUGUCCAAAUGAUACCAUCACCAAUCGGAACUAUUCCAGAUGUUUAUGCAAAUGAGACUAAAAACAUGUUGCCCGUCUGAUUGCUUAUUUAUUUUAAGUCAUGAACACACACACUUACACACUAACCAUGAUUCAGCUGGCUUAAUUUGAAUUGUUUUUGCAUACUUAAUGUUUUUUUUUUAUUAAUUGUUUAGUUGCAAAAUUUGAUUAAGUUGUGAUUUCAGUGUAGAUAGACAAAGUUUUUCUAUUGUUUUAUACUUGUUCUCAAAAUACAUAUAUUAUUUAUUAUCUGUUGGUUUUUUUAAUGUUUAUACUGUAUUAUUAAAGAUGUUUUUAUUUAUUCUUGUGAUUACAAUUUGGUUAAAAACAUGCAAAUAAAGCUCUUAAAACGCUGUUAAAAUUGUAUUUAAUUUAUUUCAUGUGAAAAGAAACUAAAGUUCUUAGAAAAAAUCCAUGACAGUGCGAUGUUAUAGCAAACAUUGUUUUGUUAUAUUGUUGUAGUGCUGUAUAAAUAAGUUUUUAGAAUCAGUUUACAAAAUCGAUAAGAUGUUUUUAUUGAUUCUUGUGAUUACAAUUUGGUUAAAAACAUGCAAAUAAAGCUCUUAAAACGUU